GACGUUGCAUUGAGGAGGGACAAAGGAUGACGUCACAGGGAGGAGGAUGAAUGGGGAAACUAUGACUUGUCAGGAAAAAGUAUGAGGAGCUCGAUUAAAUAACUUUAUAGGAAGGUGAAUGAAUGGGACAAGCAGGAUCUGUAAGAGGAGACUGCAAAAGUGUUAACUGAGUUAAGAUAAACAUUUCAGAGCCAUACAGAAAUUUUAUAGGGGGGAGAGAGUGGGACACACUUGAAUUAUUAGUGAGCAAUACUGGUUGCUAAACGGCAAGAAGAGAUUAACCAUGCAUCACUGUACAUGAAAAUGAUGUUACCUCAUAGCUAAUUCAAAACAAUUGCUCUUCUCAGCUCUUCUUUCCAUUCGAAUAUUAUGUUUCUAAACAUCAGCCCCUCAGAUAACACUGGUUCUGUUGUUUGGACCAUUCUAUUGUCCAGCCCCUGGGAGUGGCCAAGUAAAUCAUCUCUUCCGCACUGAAGUAAGAGUUUUCGCACUGAAAUACUGAAUUGAAGGUGUCUGGUCCUGCUAAUGGCAGCUACAGAUAAGCAAGAGUUAGACCAAUUUCUGUCAUCUGAUGUUGAACAGGUGACACAGCAAACUGAGAUCGUGUUUCAGAGUUACUCCUAUCAUCGUCUGCAGAUUGAAAGGGAUCAAAAUGAAUAUUCUCUUGCCCUGGAUGAAGAAAUUGUUGAACCCCAGCAGUCAGAAAGGUAUUGAAAGCACAAACCUUAUCAGUGUUGGCCAGCAAUUAGCAAAGAUUGGUGAUGAUAUUAAUGAGCGGUAUCAAGAACAAUUUGAUGACAUUCUGAAGCAUCUGAAUCCCAGUCUAGACAAUGCUUACUCAUACUUCAAGAAGAUAGCAUCCAGCCUGUUUGAGAAUGGAAUAAACUGGGGCCGUAUAUUGUCGCUGCUUGGUUUCGGAUAUCGAAUGGCAGUUUAUGUUGUCAGGAAUGGGCAGCGAGGAUUUUUCAGAAUAAUAAAUCAGUGGAUGGUGAGAUAUGUUAUGGAGAGUUGCAUUGCACAAUGGAUAUCAAGCAGAGGAGGCUGGGUGGCAUUUUUCCAGUUAACAAAUUACAGCGUAAAAUAUGUCAUCGCGGCUCUCAGUGUGGCACUUACCCUGCAGUUUCUGCUUCAACGGUUGACAUGACCACCUGCUUUCAUAACAUUCAACUGCCAACACAGUUGCUAGUAAACCCAUUACGGCUUGUACUGGCCAAAUUCACAUUUUGGCAGAAACCCAUGGCAACUAAUGAAACUAUUUUGUUCUACCUGCAGCUGGUUUAAUAAAGAUGCUUAAUUGUUUGUUAUAGGUAACUCAAGUGCAAAUUUACUCAAUGUUGAUAAAUAAGUCCUAUUGUCUUUUAAUAAACAGACCGGUUUCCUCUACACUUAGUAGAUGGAGUUCAGAAUAAUCUUUGAGGCAUGAGUUUAUGUUCACUGCCCAACAAAUGUAUUUUUUUCCUUAAAAACACAUGCAUGUAAGGAUACUUGUGACAGGCACUGGACCAGUAGGGCUGGCCUUUCUAGUGUUUUGUGCAACAAAUUAAACUUGCAGAAUGGAGGACCACACGCAGCUUCUUAUCUUCACUGCUAACUUUAAAUACAUAUUAUCUAAGUCAUGAUAUUGUAAAAAACAAAGUUGCCAAAGUGAAUUUAUACCCAGGUGCUUCCUUUAAGGUAACUUCUGGAGAGUACAUGGGGUACUGCAGUCAGAAGCCCCGUGGCAGAGGGGACCAGGUGAACAAUAGGUUAAUAACUGGUGCCCCCAUGGGCUAGGAGGGUCUUUUUCCUUUUUUUUUCUAAUGGGGUUGCAAUGGGACCAAAUUUUAGUUUGCGACAAAUUUUGCAUUUGCGAAUCCUUUGCAUGUCUUGUGACAGUAGGUUUGUGAUUGCUUAGUGUAUGUAACAAAACUUCUCAACCUAUUUUCAAGUUAAGAUUUACACCAUCUUCAAUCAGGUAAUAAACAUUCACAAUGUAAUACACUGUAAAUGUUUAGUGAACAGUAUUACAUUGUGAGCAGCACUAAACAUUCACAAAAACGUCUUUUUACACACCAUUUGCGAUUUUUAUUACAAUCCCCCCCAUAGUCUUAGAUUUGUGCGAUUUUUUUUUUUUUUUACAAUUCCCCCAUAGUAUUACUUUUGUGCAAUGAUGUCUGCACUUUGCUUUCCAACUAAAGUGUGUUUUUCAGGAUUAUUAACAUAAAAAUAAAGAAGGGAUUCACUCGCGAUUCUAGAUGGUACUGUUUAUGAACUCAUCCAAGGAUGCUUAAACCACCAGCAGCAGCCUAGGGUUGCAGAUUAAACCAGUAGACUCACUGGGGAUGCCUAGCAACUUUGCAUGCCCCAUUCUAUUUUUACUUUCCCAUUAAUGUUAGUCUUAAUUGCAAGUUAAUUGCUGUAGAUGUCUGGCCAAACACAAGACCACUUCAGUGACUAUUUUUAAUGAUAGUAGCACCAUAAGUAAAGGCCGUGUAUGGGCACUAACGACGGGCCUGCCCGACCGACAUCUGUCCUGAAAUCAUCCAGAUCUCGAUCGGGCAGAUUUAAAAAUUUAGUCAGAUUUAGUCUGAACCGAGGACGCCUAUACCCAUCGUUCUAAUUCGAUCGUUUUAUUUUUUUGGUCAAGGCAGAGGUCAGUAACUCAUUACAAAACAUAAAUAUAUUAGGUAUUAUAUCUGUAGCUGUUAAAGUGUGCGUUGCAUAUGAACUUUGGGGCAGACCUAUCAAAAUUUAAGCUUGUAUUAUUUUCUUGAUUUGAGAAAGAAUGAGAAAAUACGCAAGACUAUUUUGUGCAACCUUCAAAAAAACCUUCACACAAAAAGCAACAUAAAAAACUCACCAAGUAAAAGCUGCAGUUUCUAUAGAAGUAAAUUGGAAUCAUCUUAAGCAAUUUUAUUUAAUUUAAUAAUACAUUUGAGAUUUCACAAAAAACUUUAUUUCACAAAAAACACAUCUUUGCCUAAUUUGCUAAUUUGAGUUUUUUCUUUAAUAAGCUAUUACUCAGGAAUAAAAACACAGGCUUGUAUAAAACAGUA